CAGACAUCAUUUGCGAAGAGCCAAAGGCCCGUUAGGAAUUGAACAUACAUUUCAAAGACGACUUUAUGCUCAGCAAUAAAAUGUUUUGAAUGUUCUUGCCAACUCUCUGUCUCAUUUGACCAUUUGGACCUAUGCUUCCCUUCAGAUUUUCUCAAUAAGUAAUUAUUAAUAUUUGCUUGAAUAAGAAGAGUUGAAAGGGAGUCUUGGCGCACUGGUUAAGUGUGGUGUGUUGUGUGAACUAGAGUUCACGGGUUCAAGCCUAGAGAGCUGUCUUUUGUGAAAAUGACAAGCUCUUAUGCACCCUUGUGGUGGACGCUUCUCCGGACCCUUGCCUUGCGGGGGUGUCAAGCAGUGUGCACCAGGCUGCCCUUCCUUUAGUUGAAUAAGCUGAGGAGCUAACCAUAAUAUCAGCCAAGUAAUCGGUAUAUUUCCCCAUGAAAUGUUUGAAGGGUUGUUUGGCGCUAAUCAGGAAGAAGGCUAAAGGCGGAGGUGUAAAGAGGGAGUAUUCCACAGUUGACAAGAAUUCGUUGGCGAUGAGGAGAGCACAAAAGAUUCAAGCACAGCUUGCACCUGGAUUUCCUAGUCUCGUCAAGUUUAUGCUGCGUUCUCAUGUUACUGGAGGGUAUUGGCUGGGCUUGCCAAAAUCAUUUUGUACUCGUUUGCCAAAGCAUGAUGCUACUAUUAUUUUGGUGGAUGGGGACGACAAAGAAUGGGAGACGAAGUACCUCGUUGUAAAGUCGGGCUUCAGCGGUGGAUGGCGAGGCUUCUCGAUUGCCCACAAUUUGAUUCCGGGGGAUGUCUUAGUUUUUCAACUUGUAGAGUCUUGCAAGUUUCAGGUAUACAUUGUCAGGGAAAAUGACUCAACUGACGAUGACUUUGCCGCCAUUAAUCUUUUGAAUCUAAGACAUCAACCACUUGCAACAGAAAAACAGCAGUCAUUUCUGGAACUGGCAAGGCAAGGCGAGGCCAAAGUGACAGAGGAGUCAUCAAUGUCAGAAGAUGGCCCUACACCAUCACACGUAUCUGCUAACGCCUCCGAUGAAGAUGAAGAUGGUAAUGGUGGUCUCAGAUUGGCAGACUCUGCUCCCGAAUUUUCUGAGGUAAAAGAUUUCAAGAGCUUCUGCAUCUUUGCCAAUGGUUUGAUAAUCGAUUCAGAGAUCCCACGAGACCUGAGGGCCAAGUACUAUCAACUCUGCCGAACCCAAAAUGCAUAUCUUCAUCAACACCUCAUAGAAGGCCUCAACUAUAAGCUCAUUGCUGGCAUCAUCUCAGAGACCGUAAACAUAGCAGAUGCCAUUAGAGUUUCCAAGCUCACAACGACUGCCGGCUGCCAGCAUUUGGAAGCAUGGGACACUACCCUCAAAGGGUUUGAGUGUUUAGGCAUGGGAGUCCAGUUCUUGCGCGAGAGACUACAAAAGCUCAUUAGUUUGUCGUAUGAGUCGUCAGAGGAUGCCGCGUCAAAGAGAAGAGAACGAUGCGCUGUUUUAAAAGAUGAGCUGAAGGAUCUCAGAAGCAAGAUGUCAAAGAUGAAAGAGGCAAUGCAGAGUUUGGAUGAUGAGAUAGAGCUGUACAGCAAGAAAGAUAGGGUAGAGAUGAUGUUUAGAGAUGUGGCCACUGCUCCAUGGUGAUUCUCUGUCUCUCUGUGUUGUAUUUCUUGGUAGACUGAUAGUGUAUACUUUUGGUUAGGAAUGGCUUCUCAUUUUGAUCCCUCCCUUGCAGUAUUAGAUAGCUGUUAGUUCCUGGGAAGCUUGUGUAUGUGUACUGCUG